UGCAGGUUUAUCAAUAAUGGUCACCUCUCUCUCUUUAUAUACCUCUUUCAUUUGGCAGUCUCAUUCCCCCAAAGCCAACCCAUAUGCUUUGAAGCAGCGUUAACUUUUUCUCUUCUUUCAGGUUAUUUAAUUUAGAAUAUCUUAAAUACUUUUUGUAAUAAUGGCCGAUGUUGAAGAAGGAAAAGCACAUUUAGAGAAAAGAAAGAGACAAUUAGAGUUGUAUAAAGCGGCAAUGAGUGGUGAUUGGGUGACAGCAGAAGGCAUUUUGGACAAAUAUCCAGAAGAGUUUGAAUCUACGAUCAAUGCACAAGGGGAGACUGCACUGCAUAUUGCAACUGCAGCUAACCACGCUCAAUUUGUGAAACAAAUGGUUAAUAAGAUCCCAGAAGAGAAAAAACACUAUUUAGCUAUCAAGGCAUCAAAUGAAAAUAAUGGUCAAGGAAAUACAGCUUUCUUCUAUGCUGCUGUUUCUGGAAACGUUGAAGUUGCUCAAAUUAUGUUGAAGAAGAACGAUAGUCUAGUAAUGAUUCGAGGCAAAAGAAAUGUUUUACCUAUUCAUGUUGCAGCUCUGGUUGGCAAUAAGGAGAUGGUGCACUUCCUUUAUAAAAAAUGUAAGGAACAAUUAAAAGCAAAUGAUCGUAAGGCUUUACUCGUCCCUUUGAUCCACUCUGAAAUAUAUGAUGUUGCAUUGAAUAUGGUGGGAGAUCACUUAGAGUUAGCCACUGCAAAGGACGUUAAUAAUGAGACAGCGUUGCAUGCACUUGCCACAAAGUCUUUCAAUGAUAAAACUUCAUCGUCCAGUUCUUCAUUCAACCUCUUUUCAGUCUUGAACAUAUUCCAGAAGAAGAAAGUAGUGCAAAAACAAGGGCUUGAGCUAGUCAAACUUCUUUGGAAGAAUGUAAUAUUGAUGCAAGACGAAGACAUUUCAAGAUUGAUGACUGCAAAAUCUGGGAAACUAAUAUUUAUCGCAGCAAAACAAGGAAAUGUGGAGUUCUUAACCACCCUAAUAGCUUCAUAUCCUGAUUUAGUAUUGAAAGUGAAUGACAAUAACUAUACCAUAUUUCAUGAAGCUGUUUUGAAUAGACAUAUCGAUAUCUUCAAGUUGAUAUAUGAGAUCGGUUCGAUCAAGAAUUUCAUAAACUCAAAUAAAGAUAAGGAAGGCAAUAACAUUCUACAUUUGGCUGCAAUAUCGGUACCAAGUCGACUAAAUGAUAUACCAGGCCCAGCUCUCCAAUUACAGCGGGAACUACAAUGGUUUGAGGAAGUGAAAGCAGUGGUCAGUCCACAACAGAUAGAAGCAAAGAAUAAAGGAGGGCAGACUCCACGAGACAUGUUCAUAGAAGAACAUAAAGACUUGAGGAAAGAUGGGGAGGACUGGAUGAGAAAUACUGCAAAUUCAUGCAUGGUUGUUGCUACUCUAAUUACCACUGUGGUUUUCGCAGCAGCAUUUACUGUACCUGGUGGAAAUGAGGGUAAUGGGAACCCCAUUCUAGUCAACCGCACUUGGUUCCAAAUUUUUGCCAUAACAGAUGCAAUAUCUUUAAUAUUCUCAGCUUCUUCGGUAUUAUCCUUCCUCUCUAUUCUUACUUCUCGAUACUCAAUGGAUGAUUUUCUCAUUUCAUUGCCAAACAAAUUGGUUUUUGGACUCCUUUUCCUUUUCAUAGCAAUAUUAACAAUGAUGGUAGCCUUUGUUGCAGCAUUUUUCAUCAUUUUCAAACAAGGAUUGCUCCGAUUUGCAUUUCCUAUUGCCGGAAUCGCUAUUUUUCCAAUCCUUUUGUUUCUUUUCGAGCACUUUCUGCUCUUUGCUGAAGUGAUUCGUUCAACCUAUAUGUCCUCCAGACUUUUCAGGCGUAAUGAAAAUCGUCUCUUUUCUAAGAGAUUAGUAAAAAAUCUUAAUGACACUAAUAAAUCUUCUUAAAUUAGCAAAACGCCUAUAUUUUUCUUUUUUCAGUUGUAUAAGUAACGGGAUGAACUUGUAUUAUUUUUUUUUAUGUAUUCAUAGUUUUGUAAUUUAAAUGGAAAAUUUGUGAAUUCGUUUAUGAAAUUUAAUCUUCUUUUAUUUA